AUGAUGUCGAAGACAAAGACACACGAGGCAUUGACACUUCUAACCCUAGCUCAGUCGCUCCAUCAUUCGUUGUUCGCUGGAAAACCUAUCCACCUCGGUACCUCUCAAUCAUCGCUGAUAGCUCCUCUCACCUCUGCACUGGAAUCAAUCAGGUAUUUGAAAAACUGGGAUUUAGUUGCUGUCAAUUUUGAUCAUAUCACACUGCCCUAA